AUGAGCGACCAUCACGAAGAACAGAUCAUCUCCUCAGAGCCCCUCAUCGAGUCCAUCGAUGAAAUUCAGGAAGACGGAUCCAUCAUCCGCAAGAAAAAGACCACCCGUAAAAUCACAAAGCGUGUCCUCACAACCACUUCCUCCGUCAAGGAAGUAACCGACAGCCAGCAGCUCACCCACAACCACAACCACAACCACUCUACAACCGCUUCAGCCUCAGAGUCCGGCGAGUCCACUCUCAAGGACUUCUCCGUUGGUUUUUCUGCAGAGUCAAUCGUAGCUGGAUCAUCCACUACUACCACUACCACCGCUACCGCCGCCGCGGCCGCCGCCGCCACCGCUACUAGCACCACCUCCUCCUCAACAACCGAGUCCGAUGAGGUGUCAGAGAAAUCUUCUACCGCCACUACUACGGACCAGACCAAACGCACUUUCAAGUUCGGUGGUGUUUUUGGCAAAGGAGAUGUCGAGAGCCAUCCCUUCUAUAGUUUCCUGGCAAAGUUUCCUCUUAAGCAGUCGCCCGCUCUCCAUACGCGUCUCCCCCUUGUCAAGCCUACCCUCUACGCGUUCGCUCCCGGCUGGAAGGUUGGAGAACAGGAGACCGAGAGGCAGGAGAACAAGGACACCGAAACUGAUAAGAAGAACAAGGAGACUUCUGUUGGAAGCUUUGACGUCGAUUCUCUUAAGUGGAUGGCGUACUUGAAGUUUAACCAGAUUGACUACGAUAUCAAGCCUGCGUUCGAACCAACAAUGUCGCCUUCAGGAAAACUCCCUUUCUUGGCACUCCCCAACGGAUCCUUGGUUACGGAUGAGGGUUUCGAACAAUGGGUUCAGGAGAACAAGGGUCAAUCCGACACUUCUGCAUCUUUGAACAUUCACGAGGCGGCUGAGGCAGUCGCUUUCUCUACUCUCGCAGAGUCCAAAAUCCAUGCCGCCCUUCAAUAUACCUUGUGGUUCGAGGCUCCUCACUUCCAGGGAACGACACGCCAACACUACUUUGGCCACCACAACUAUUACCUCGGCAAACUCCUCAACUACAUGUCCAAAUCCAAUAUUGUCCACUCUAUGCUCUUGACCAGGACUCAAAUCGACCGGGAGCUCAUCUUCGAGGAAGCCGCUACAGCGAUCGAGGCCCUUUCUGUUCAACUGGGCGAAAACGAAUACUUUUUUGGAAAGUCUACCCCCUCGAGUCUGGACGCCAUCGUGUUCUCGUACCUGCAUGUUAUUUUGACCUUGCCCAGGAUCCGCAACGCAGAGGAUGGUGGUCGGUCGGGCGAAUUGGCCCGCAUGGUCAAAAAGCACGAGAAUCUUUUCAAGUAUUCUCAGAACAUCUGGAAAAAGUCCUUUGCCGCAUAA